CAGUCAUUCUUGAUGUUAUUGAAUAAAGAUUUCAGUUUUAUUUAUUUUAAAAGCCACAAUAAUUAUUUUGCCAGCAAAUACGUUGUAGAAGUGAAUGAUUUUACAUUAAUUCUGUUUGUUAUAAUUUCAAGAAAAUGAUGAACCGGUUAUUUAGCAAGCUAUAGUUAUGAAGCAAAGGGACCAAACUUACUUUUGCAUGUUUAAUAGCAAUAAAGUUGUUGAUAUCAUUAAGUUGUAAAAUGAACACAGUAUGUCUUAUUUGAGUGCGUCAGAAAAUGUUGGCUUCAGUGCUAUUCCACAAAAUAUAUCAGAGGCGAGCUGUGCUACACAGUAUAAGAUGGCAGUUGAGGGUGUCUCCUCGGGGAGCUGUGGUGAAGUGAAUAUGUUCCUACAUGACAACUCAGGAGAUGAACAGCCAUACAUUCAUCUCAAUGACAAUUUCUACCCCAAAUUUAAAAUUGAUCCCAACGAACUAUACACCUUCCAUGAUUCUGAUGUAAUUGCUGGAGAAAUUACUGUCAGCCACACAGAUGAUAAUUUUAUGUUUUCGGAUAGUGUUGAUAUUAAGAGUAAGCUGUUAGCAGACAGCCCAAGUAAAGAGCUCGAUCUCAUAGGUGCAUUCACAAAUGGCGAUAUCAAGGAGGAUAUCAAGAAAGAGGUGGUAUCUAAUGGGCACUAUCCACCAGUGGCCAAGCCGAUUGCAAACUAUAAAGACAGUAAGACUACUCAUACCAAAGUUUUGAAAGUUAAAAACCAGACUCAGAUGAAGGAGCCUCCUAGGUUGGAAUCAUUUAGUGAACCUCGAAGACUAAGUGUUCAUAGUCCUAAGGCGCAAUGCACUGCCACAGCCCCCUCCUCAUGUGCGAAAACCAGUAUUAAUAGUGCUAGUACUACAAAUAAUGCGAAGACUUCUUCAAAGCAGAUGAGUGUAAUGGAGACAUUCUUAGAUGUAUUUAAAAGAGAGCAAGGUUUAGUUGAGAAUGCAUCUGCCCUUAUAAAAACUGAGCCAUCUUUAGGACAGCCACUAUCUAAGGUUCCAAUGUCUCCUCCGAAGAAAUCCUCAUCUGGUAAGGGUUCUCAAGCGAAGCCGCGGCGCGGUCGAGGGCCGGCGGUUCACGAGGCGUUGCAGCGGAUACCGGCGGCGAGGCGCGCCGUCCCGCUACCGAAUGACACGUGGCACGCGCCCGGCGAGACUCUCUUCCAAUGCGGCCCGCUCGGCGAUAGACCCCUCGCAUUCCGGCAGAUCGAGAGCAGCAGCAGUGAUGAUGAUAACAUGCCAGAUUUUGCAGAAGCAGGUUGCGUGUCAGCUUGCGUGGAAGAGAGUGCUGCGGAAUCUCGCGGCGCGCGAUUGGCACUGCGUCGCGCGGCGUUGCGGCGUCACGUUGCGCGUGCGCACGACGCACUGGCCCUCGCUGCGCACCAUAAGCAUCAUCGUGCACUCGCCUCGCUACUCAAGAAACAGCUGAACAGGCCAGGAUCAUCAGGUCGUCUUCCAACACAGACUGUCAACCAUCUACUUGCAUUACGCGGCAUGCCAUCCGUAUUAACCUCGCAAGAACGUAGAAUACUAAGGCAAUCAGGCUGGUCAGGUGGGGAGGCAUCAGUCCGUGAAGGUGGCACAAUAACGUCUAGUGGUAGUUCGUGUGUAUGGGAGCGCUGUGAACAGCCAGCGUUGCCUUGCGCGCGGUACUGCCUGGCGCACGUGACUCGCGCGCCUGAACAGCGCUUAUACGCCGCCUGCGGGGCCGUCUUCGCGGGCGGGGCACGCUGUAACCAGCCCCUACUGCCACUCUCCGAUCAUACGCCUUUGUGCGCUGAACAUGCUUGGAAACGGGAUAACUACGACAAGCUAGCCCGCGACUGCAGGCCUAAGAAGGUAGCUCGCAAGCGGCCCUGUCCCCCCGUACCCCGCGGCCCGCGACGCGCCAAGCGCAGGCGCCGCCCCCCCGCGCGACUCCGCCCCCCUACUGCAGACUCGCUCACUGGUGAACAAUCACUCUCUGAGCUGAACGUGUGUUCGAACUCGUCAACGUACGAUAGUUCAGAAGAGGCGGCCAUGGGGGCGCUCAGUGAGAGCGAGUACGUUGCCGUAGCCAGCGAUUCUCAUGAGAUGGAAGUAGAAGUCGGCCAAGUACCACCGGAUGACAUACUGGAUCCUGCUGUGCUCAGUCAAAUACCAGAUGAAGCGUUCACGGAAUUUUUCAAUCAAGCGGAAGGUGGAGCAGCAUUCGCGGAGAGUUCAGAGUUAGCCGCAGCGCUUGAAGCAGUGUUAGAUGAACGAGUGUUGGAUGAGCGGGUCUUGGACGAGCGAGUGUUGGACGAGCGAACACUGGACUCCAUCGCUGAUUGCGUGUUCACGCACUCCCCGCACUCGCACUACGCUAAGAACAAGAUGCAGGUCGCCACGUCGCUACCGAUGGAGAUGUCAUCGCGCGUGCCCUCAUAACACAGUAACUUUAAACGUCUUAUUUUAAGCUAUAAUAAACUCUAUGUACUAUAAACAUUAGGAACAAAUUCGAUAUUCAUAGUCUCAAGAGGUGGGAAUAUUUUUCUUCAUGCUUUAAUUUUUGUAUGUGUGCAUGUGUAGCGUUGUGUAAGCGAAGAUAUUUGAGUGGUUCGUGAUUCGAAUGAUCAGUUUUUGUUACUUUAGAAUCAAUAUUGUGGAUGCAAGGGAAUUUCGAAUCAAAAGUUGGUUACAUAAGGUAGCAAAUCGUUUGGCGAAGUUCGUUCAAGUAGAAUUAUCAAUAGUAAAGUAUGACGUCUUAAAUAAUUCUUAUCACAAUAUUGAUUGCUAAAGUUAUUUCGUUGGCAUUAUUUAAUCCAGAGAACAAUUUUGUGUUCAAACAAGUGGCUAGAUAAACGUCUUAACAAUUGCUAAUAAGGUACAUAAUUACAUAAUUAAUAAUUGUAUUUUUUUAAAACGAACGUUAUUUAAUGAGGUAAAAAAAUGGUGAAAUAAUAAUGCCUCCAUUUCUCUUUCCGAAGGUUUAUCGUUUUUAUACACCAGUUGGCGCCACUUGCGCUUUACGUCCCGUCAUUCCUAUCUUUGACAUUCUCAAAACUAACCAAUAGUAUUCAUUUAUUUCAUCUGAUAAAACCUACUUCAAAUCGAUAACAUUUGCAACAAUAUUUCUUCUAUUAAUAUUAUUAAGGGCCGAUUUU